UGCACUCAGGCUAAGAUGAAAGAAACCAUCAUGAAUCAGGAGAAACUUGCCAAACUCCAGGCCCAAGUCCGCAUUGGUGGGAAGGGCACUGCUCGCAGAAAGAAGAAGGUUGUACACAGAACAGCUACAGCUGAUGACAAGAAACUUCAGUUCUCCUUGAAGAAAUUGGGUGUCAAUAAUAUCUCUGGUAUUGAAGAGGUUAAUAUGUUUACUAACCAAGGAACAGUUAUUCACUUCAACAACCCUAAAGUUCAAGCCUCCCUAGCUGCCAACACCUUCACAAUAACUGGACAUGCAGAAACCAAACAGCUGACGGAGAUGUUGCCUAGUAUAUUAAACCAACUUGGUGCCGACAGUCUGACAAGUUUGAGGAGGAUUGCAGAAGCUCUGCCAAAACAAUCCAUGGAUGGGAAAGCACCACUUGCUUCUGGGGAAGAUGAAGACGAUGAAGUUCCAGAUCUUGUUGGGAAUUUUGACGAUGCUUCAAAGAAUGAGGAAAUUUGA